AUGGCACCACAGCAAGGCUCGGGAAAGAGGGAAUGGGUCGAGAAAGGAAAAAAGCCUCGUCAUGAACCAAGAACAUACACGCCUCUGAACGCACCAUUGGAAGAAAUAUUCAAGGAAGUAAAAAAGCGAAAUGACAUCAGAUACCCAAAGACUAGGGGGAACCAGUUUGACGAGACAAGAAACCAUCCCGAGUUUUGUCAUUACCAUCAGUACCGAGGUCGUUCGACUAAUAAUUGCCGAGAGGUAAAAGACAUUGUCCAACAUUUGAUCCGAGAUGGGUACUUACGACACUUUGUUAAGACAACGCCGACAUCUACCCAGCCCGAUGCUCUCGUGCAUCAAGUGAGGAUCGACCGAGGAACUCAGUUCACCUACAAUACCAUCUCACACUCGGCAAAUCAAGGGUUCGACUUGGGGACCAGCAUUACUUCUAGAAUCCACAAGAGAGAUCGUGCGGGAAAAGAGAUCUUUAGUGUAGCAAAAACUUUGCCUAUGGAACCAUGGAUGAUGCAACCGACCACCUUCUCAGAAAAAGAUGUCCCAUCGAAUGGCCAAGCACAUGGAGACCCCCUAGUAAUCACCUUACUCAUCGAGGAGUGGGGGCUGAAAAUAAUGCUGAUGGACAGUGGGAGUUCAUUCGAGGUCCUAUUUUACGACACGUUUAAAAGAAUGGAGCUAUCUGAUGAUAUUUUAAUCCAUUCAACUUAUCGGAUCUACGGCUUCAAUGGUACAGUGACCGUGCCAAAGGGAGAAGUCACUCUCAGAGUCUCGGAUGGAGAAGGAUAUUUGGACACACUUACCACAUUUUGUGUAGUGGAUGUCGUAUCGCCCUAUGAAGAAAUUCUCGGCAGGCCUUGGAUCGCGGGCAUCAAAGGGGUGGCGUCGGCAUACCAUCAGAAAUUAAGGUUCCCAUCUUACCGGGGGGUUUUGGAAGUAUUAGGAGAUCCCCAGGCUGCAAGACAAUGUAUGCAACUGGAUAUUCAACAAAGUGAAGAAAGGCGAUCAAGACAGCGCCGAGAAAAGAACAAAGCUAAGGAAGCUAAAGCAGCGGAAGAAUUGGAGAAGGUACUCUCACAAUCCAUUACAGCCUACGAAACAGGCGAGCAAGAGAUCUUAUAG